GUAAGGUAGCUAUUUGACUAUUGAGCGGCCAACAACAGGGAUCAAGAGCACCUCAUGUAGAUCUGACUUUCUAUCUCUCUCCCAAGCUAAGUAUCUAUUUAUUGAUCCCUCUCUCUCACAAUCUGUUUCUUGAUCUCUCUCUUAAUCUAUUAAUCUUCUUAACACCAAGAAUCUCCAGAUCUCUCUAACUACAUCAAUGGAAACUGCCGGCGUUCCAGGUCCCCCUUCUGUCCCUAUCGUCCCUCCCUCGGAAGAGACCAAGGCACAUUUUUGCUCGACUCCUUGGGCAUGGAAACUAUUCUCAGACCCCACCUUGCGACCCUUCUCAAACCCCUCUCGCAUUCCCAACAACAGCACCACAUCAUGCUCUUUCAUUGGGAAAACGUUGGCAACACAAGAUACCAUCGUUGCCUGGCAGUCAUUCUAUAAGCCUCCCGACUCCACCAGCAAGUACGGACAAGUCCUGUGCCUGGCAUUGCUUGGUUCCGGGGUCAAUGGCCACGUGGAUACAAGCCAUGGAGGAUUCGUCGCCGUGCUCUUUGACGAAGGGUUCGGUCUCGUGGCAGGGAACCAGAGACCGGAUGACAGGGCUGUCAUGACCGUGUCAUUGAAGAUCGAUUACAAGAAGCCUGUCCCCACGCCGGGUGUGGUGUUGUGUCGAUGCUGGCUGGAAAAGGAGGAGCGGAGAAAGAUGUGGAUAAGGGGCGCCAUUGAGGAUGGAGAUGGGACGGUGCUUGCAACGGCACAGUCGUUGUUCCUUGUGGUGGAAGGAUUGAAGCCGCUGGAGAGGUUAUAGACUUAUUAUAACUUUACAGAGUGUGAGGCUUUGGCUGAGGGUGAUUGUGGAGAUCUCCCGCGAGCUACCUGGCGAUCUGGGUUUUUACCGAGGGAACUCAGAUAAAUAUUGGCCAAGCUCUGCGAACAAACACAAUGAUGAUAACGAUAAGGGG